AUCGAAAAUCUGUACCAAGCCAACUCCUGGGCUUGUUUCUCAUUGCUCGGACCUUACUUCUAUCAACAAAAUUUACGACUCAUGAUAAUUUAAAGCAUCUAGUAAGCAAAAUGUAACCGGUUAGUUUUAUUUCCUCAUGGAGGUCGGUAUCAUCCUCCCGCUUCCUAGGUCUAUCCCUCCAAACAAGUUGUUCAUGAUGCUUUUUUUAUUCAUCCUUGGCUUUUCUUUAUCUAAAAGAUGCUUUGAAUUCGAUUCGGCUGCAUUGGGAAACGAAGAAGGGACGAGACGAAAGCGAGAGAGACAGGGUUUUGAUAUGGACGAUGUUUUUAACUAUCCCAUGUGGACUAUAGUAAUGCUGAGUGGACGAGUGGGAGCCCCCUGCUUAGAAUUAGAAAUCAAGGGUGGGGAAGUUCAAAUUUAGAUCAUUGUAACUCAAACUCACUCUGACUCCACCAGGAGGGAUAGUCGUGAAGUAAGAACUACCUUUUCGAAUUUUGACGGAAAUGUUCCAGCCCUACGCGGUACCCGCCCGAUUGGCCACGCACCGGAAAUGGAUAACCGAGGAAAAUGACAGGAUUCGGAAUCACAGGACUUUGGAGGAG